AUGGGAAGUUCAUCAUCAGUUUCUUCACAGGUUGAAAUGCAGGAAAAGCAAAAAUCUACCGUAAAACUUCCAUACGAAGAUGAUUUCAUUAUCCAAAUCCAAUUACCGAACAAAGGUGACUGUUACGAAUACAAAUAUCCUGCAUUUAAGGAUAAAAUAUCCUUUACUACUCUUAUGAAUUUAUUAUGCUUUGAAACCGAGUUUGAUGAAGAAUUAGAUUCAAAUUUCAUAUCCAGAUAUAAUAAGUCAAAAGACAGAUUCGAAUAUUUUGUUCAAAAACUUAUGGGAAUUGAAACUGAAGAUGAGACUUCCCCGUAUAAAGGAAAAAUGUGGGUCGUCUAUAUAAAUAAUUCCCAAUGGGAUUGGGAUGAAAUUUGUGAGAAGGACCUUAAUAUCAAGAUCAAAGACAAAAUCGUUUGGAAGUAUCAAAAGUGUAAUAAUAAAUAA